AUGACCUCUCAGCAUGUUGUCCUCGUCACGGGGGCGUCGGGAGACAUUGGACGCGAAACUGUGCGCAUUCUCCUCGAGGAGCUGGGCGCUUCGGUCGUGGCUACCGACAUCGUAUUAGGCGCGGCGCUGGACGGCCAUCAGAAGAAAUACCCCGGCCGACUUGAGGUGGUGAUUGGCGACAUUGUUGAUCCUACAAUCUCGGAGAAAUCCGUGGCUCUGGCCGUGCAGAAGUUUGGAAAACUGACCGGUGUCUGUCUGAAUGCCGGGGUUUUCGGCCCUGGCUAUCCCAUCGACGACGCGCCCGUCGACAAAUGGGAGCAAGCCUUCCGAAUCAACGUGCUGUCGCACCUUCAUACCUUGAAAUACGCGCUUCCCGAGCUCCGCAAGACCAAGGGCCGCAUCACUAGCACCACAUCAGCGGCCGGAGCCGAAGCUUUAUUCAAGCGCUGGGGGUUCUACGGGGUGUCCAAGGCCGCGGUGGGCUUUCUCGUCAAACAGGUGGCGCUCGAAGAGCGAGAAAACGGCGUCACUGCCAUCGGUAUCUCGCCGGGCCUGUGCGAUACGCAGAUGGUGGCUGGACUGUUAAAGGGAAACCAAGACGGAUGGGGUGAGAAGGAAGCGGCAAAAUACCACGACUUUGUGAGCAAGAUCGAGCUGACCUCACCGACGGUCGCGGGGAACGCCUAUGCGCAAGCAGUGACCAAGGCCGAUCCAGGUCUGUCUGGCCUGUUGGUGGAAUACGAUGAUCCGCGACUGCCGAUUGCAGAACACUUGAAACGGAAAUCCGCCGCGGUCGACUAUACAAAAGCCUCGGCGGAGGCAGGGAAAUAA